CUCAGUCUCAAACUUCCAAUCACUUCCCCACUGUUUCACUGGCUUCCUCGCCAUGAAUCUGGGCGUGAGAAGGUUAGCAGCUAGGGGUCCCCUUCUCCCUCGCUGUUCCAAAGAUGGCUCUUCAUCACGAGACAAUGGGAAGAAUGACAACGGUGAUGAAACAUCCAGAGACUGGGACAAAGCAUGGUCAAGUUUCAGAAAUAAAGGGAAGAAAUCAGCAAUGAGAAAAAAAGCAAAGAAAUCUCUAUUUUCACAAUUCAAUGCAGACAAGUAUGUGAGCUGGAAUCCCCGUCGCUCCGAAUAUCCAUUAUCGGAGGAAAUCGAUCCUAUCAAAAGAACAGAGAGAUCAAAUCUGAAGUUAUGGACAAGUCCUCAAUUCACUUUGGCAGGUGCCAUUGUUGUUGUGACAAUGCUCAUUGUUUACUCCCUCAGUGUUCCACUCAAGUGAGCAUCAUCCUCUUCUUUAUGAAUCUUUAAUUCAAUAAGAAGAAUGAUGUUUGUAACUUUGUUAAAAAAAAAAAAAAGAAACUUGAAAUUGUGUAUUUUGGUUUAUUAGUACUUGUCAUCCUAGUUUCCAUCA